AUGUCAAAAGUCUUCUUCAUCACGGGCGCGGGAAGCGGUAUCGGGCGAGUCACAGCACGCGAGCUUCUACUCAAGGGCUAUCGCGUCUUCCUAACUGAUUACAACGAUGCCUUCCUCGAGGACACUUGCUCCGCACACCUCCCUUCCGUUAUCCCCAGCGACAAGCAUGAGAAUUUCAAAUGGGCGCAGAUGAAUGUCUGCGAUGAACAGCAAGUCACCAAGGCAAUCGCGCUGUGUGUCCAAGCAUUUGGGGGCAUUGAUGUCCUAGUCAACAAUGCAGGAAUCAAUAGCCAAUAUAUGCGGGCAGGGGUCAGAAUGGAUAAAGUCCCCACUUCAGAUUUUGAGAAAAUCCUCUCCGUCAAUCUGGUCGGCGCAUACCGUGUCUCCCAGAUGGCCAUCCCCUAUCUCGAACAGUCCUUGGGCGGCGGCGUCAUCAUCAACAUGUCUAGCUGCCGAGCGAGCCAGCAGAGCAAGAACGGCGAAGCCUAUGCGGCCUCCAAGACCGGAAUCGAAGGCCUCAGCAUGGCCAUGGCCGUGAGUUUAGGACCGAAAAUUCGAGUACAUGUGGUGAGCCCAGGGAUGGUGGAUGUUCGGUGCGAGCGGAAUGAGAGCUUGUUGCCGGAUGUACAGACGCUUCGGGGCGACCUAGAUCGAGAUUUCCAAAGUGAGUAUGCACCCACUUGGGGGGCGGGGAAAAGUGACGCUCUGAGCGAAGCGCAUCCGGUAGGCAGGAUUGGAAGAGGUGAAGAUAUUGCACGGUGGGUAGAAUUCUUAGGUGUUUUGGAGAGUGGCUUUACAACGGGCGGGGCGUACUUGGUGGAUGGAGGUUAUUCAAAAGUUCUGUCUUACCCUAGCUAG